AUGCUGGCUGAUGGACUUCCCUCGAGAGGGCGCCGCGGGGGGCGGAGAGGUGGGCAGGGCGGUGGCCCUAGGUUGGUGGCGGCACCCUGGGUUUCUUCAGGAGGAGGCGAACGUAACGGUUCCACUGCUGAGUGGAUCAGUGAUAUGGUUACUGCCAUAGUGCAGAAUAAUGGAGAGCUGUUCUCCGACCUGAUUCGUGAACGAGAAAGACUGAUACCAGACCACGAGAUACGGAGCAUGCCAGAAACGGUCAUGAGUGCAAUUCCUCACAACAAGCUGCGGGAGGCAGGUCUUUUGAAAGGAGAUUCACUGUACAAAAAACUACUUCAGGAGUUCCUGCGUCUACGUCAACUUCAAGCGCGCCAUCCAGUUCGAUGGAGUGAGGUCGUCAAGCAGUGCAUCGCGUUGCUUGACAUUUAUAUCGACGUGUAUGUGGAUCCCAAUUUAGAAUCCUGCGGUUGGCUUGUCCCGGGUCUCGCAGCCCUGUGCAGUAUCAUGAAUAAAGCCGCGUAUGCGGCUGACAACUCGCAAGAUGAAACUGCUGAUUUUAUGGACGACGAGGACGUUCCAGAAGAUGAAGAAACACAGAACAAGUACACCAAGGAGGUUCUCAAUGCUAUUCGACCGAAAUUGGGAAAGGUCAGGGGUGAUGAAGAACGACAUGGCGCGUACAUAGUUCUUCUCGGUCAGUCCAUCAAGCGGUGCCUGCAGCUCGGCAACAUGCAGAUGGCCGCUGGCUUUCUGAAGCUAUGUGAUUCCAAGCAAAUCAAUUUUUCUCGUGUUCCCCGUGGCCCAAUCGUUAACUUUCGCUACUACCUUGGCAAGUUGUACAUGCAGCAGGAGCAGUUUGAACAGGCCGAAGCGGAGCUAGUAUGGGCGUUCACGCAUUGCCCGGAGGCGAAUAUCAAUGUACGAAGGAAUAUUUUGGAAUGUCUAAUCCCUGUGCGUCUGCGCAUGGGAAAAGUACCUCCCUUGGAGUUACUGAGAAAGUACAGGAUGGAGCACUAUGUUCAGAUAAUAUCCUCUAUGAAGACAGGCAAUGUCUCAAGUUUCGACAAAACCAUGGAGAUCCACGAACGAAUUCUGAUAAAUCAUGGAACAAUUCUCUGCGUUGAGAGAAUCAAAUUCAUCGUUUACAGGACGCUAAUGAAGCACGUCAAGGAAUGGUGGUUAAAGAGUGGACUCGCAUCGAAGCCUAACAUAGUGCCCAUUUCAGCUUUUUCAACGGCGCUGAAAUGGCAAAGCGACAGCCUCUUCGAUGAUGAUGAAAUGGCCUGUAUCAGCGCGAAUCUGAUUCGAAUGGGAUAUAUCAAGGGUUACAUCUCUUGGGAGCACAUGGUGAUCGUUUUCAGCAACCAAAAUCCAUUCCCAAGCCUGAGAACUAUGCGGCCGAGUUAGAAUACGGUGAAUUCGCUCGCUUAGUCAAAAGGGUGUGGG